AAUGCUUGUCACCUACUCCUUUUUUUCAGAUCCCUUCUCUCUCUCUCUCUCUAACGAAACAGUACUUGUGACCUCACACAACUCUGUUUCAUUCGAAGAUUGCCACUUUGUUUCAUAUGCUCUGUUAUCCUCUGCUGUUGUUGUUGUAAUGGAGAGACACAAGUGCAAGCUCUGCUCCAAGAGCUUCUGCAAUGGAAGAGCACUGGGCGGUCACAUGAGGUCCCACCUGGUGAAUCUCCCCCUCCCUCCCAAACCCGAAGAGGAAGAAGAACCGCCGCCGAUUCAACUCAGGGGAGCUGAGACACCGCGCACCACCCAGUGGGGUCCUUCGCCUCCCUCGUCUUCUUCCUCCGAAGAAGAAGGGGAGGGAGAUGAGGAGGCCGGGAAGCUACAGGCUCCAGGGUACGGAUUGCGGGAGAACCCGAAGAAAAGCGUUCGGUUGGCCGAUCCGGAGUUCGCGAUCGACGCCGGGUCCGUGGUCCUCCAAGAUAGGGAGAGCGAGACCGAGUCGUCCAAGAACCCGACCGGGAGGCGACCCAAGAGUUCAGCGACGGAGGCGACGACCCAGAGACGUUUCUUCUUCACGGAGGAGGAUCGCCACUGCCGGAAGAAGACGAAGCGCAUGCCGAGCAAGGCCGAGUCGGCGAGCUCGAUCUCCGACGAGACGACGGAGGCGGACCUCGCUUUCUGCCUCAUGAUGCUCUCCCGGGACAAGUGGAGGAGAGAGAAAAGCCAUCGCGAACAAGAAAAUGUGGACGAUUCCGAUGAAGAGGAGGACGAAGACGACGACGAAGAAGAAGAUGAAAAAGACGAAGAAGAGAGCGAGGAAUCCAAAGGGCUGGUGGUCAAGGCUCUGAGGAUCAGAAACAGGGGGAAUUACAGGUGCGAGACGUGCAACCGGACGUUCCGGUCGUACCAAGCGCUCGGCGGUCACAGAGCGAGUCACAAGAAGAGCAAGCUCAGCGACCCGGCGACCCGGGUCCACCCCGAGCAGGAGCCCGCCGAGAACGUGGGCGAGAACGCCAACCCGAGCUCCGCCAAAGUCCACGAAUGCCCCUUCUGUUUCAGAGUUUUCGCUUCGGGCCAAGCUCUGGGCGGGCACAAGAGGUCGCACGCCAUCAAUUCAACGGCGGCGGCUGUCAAGAUGACGAGCCACCACGUCAAGUCCAGAGCGACGGCCUGGAUCGAUCUCAAUCUCCCUGCUCCAGUCGAUGACGACGAGGACGAGGAUGACCAGCUGAGCCAGGUGGAGCACUCGGCCUUGUCCGAAGCUGAGUUCGUGAACCGAGUCAAGAGAUGAUCGAGUUAGUUAGAAACACGAUUUUUCAGAGGUAAAAAUGGAAAAGAAAAGAAAAUCUUGUUUUCCACCAUUAUUUUUGGUUCUUCUUUUGGCGAUAAAAUUGGAUCUAAGGCCAUGCAAUCGGUUACUUUCCUAUUCAGAUGAUAUUCGGUUCAGAUAAUUAAUAUUAUUACCCGCUUAAUUAAUCAUCAA